GGAUUUUAAGGCAUUCUGGUACGGGUGAAUCGCACCGAUAAUUUAGCCAAAAUGAGUCGUGUAUCAACACAGAAAAAGGAAGGCAAAAUGAGGAUCCGUGCCUUUCCGAUGACAAUGGAUGAGAAGUAUGUGGAGUCGAUCUGGUCGCUGCUCAAGAGCGCCAUUCAAGAGAUACAGAAAAAGAACAACUCGGGACUUUCGUUUGAGGAGCUGUACAGAAAUGCGUACACGAUGGUACUGCACAAGCACGGCGAGCGUUUGUACAGCGGGUUAAAGGAGGUCGUCACACACCACCUGGAGUCGAAGGUACGGGAGGAGGUGCUGCGUAGCUUCAACUGUAACUUCCUACAGACACUAAACCAGUGUUGGAACGAUCAUCAGACGUCGAUGGUGAUGAUUCGAGACAUCCUGAUGUACAUGGAUCGUGUUUACGUGCAACAGAACGAUGUGGACAACGUGUACAACCUUGGGCUGAAUAUCUUCCGUGAUCAGGUUGUUCGUUAUCCACGCAUCCGAGAUCAUAUGCGCGAGACCCUACUAAACAUGGUCAUGUGCGAACGCAAGGGUGAAGCGAUCGAUCAUAUCGCGAUUAAGAACGCAUGCCAGAUGCUAAUGGUGCUCGGCAUCAACCAACGCUGGGUGUACGAGGAAGACUUCGAACGACCGUUCCUGACGCAGUCGGCCGCCUUUUACAAGCUCGAGUCGCAAAAGUUCCUCGCCGAAAACAGUGCGAGCGUGUACAUUCGGCGCGUGGAGGCACGCAUUACAGAGGAAGCCGAGCGGGCCAAGCUGUACCUGGACGAAAGUACCGAAAGCCGCAUCGUGGAGGUAGUGGAGGAUGAGCUGAUUAAGAAGCAUAUGCGCACGAUCGUCGAGAUGGAAAAUUCGGGCGUGGUGUACAUGUUGCAGAACACCAAGACGGAAGAUUUGGCCUGCAUGCACAAGCUGUUCUCGCGCGUUAGCGGUGGCCUUAAGACGAUCGCCGACUGUGUGUCACAGAAUCUGCGCUCGCUGGGGCGUGAUCUGGUGAAGGAGGAGGAAAAUGGCAGCACGAAUCCGAUCACGUUCGUGCAAAACUUGCUGGAUUUGAAGGAUCGCUCCGAUCACUUCCUGUACCAUUCGUUCAACAAUGACAAGACGUUCAAGAACAUGAUAUCGUCUGAUUUUGAACACUUCCUCAAUCUCAACAGCAAAUCGCCCGAGUACCUAUCGCUUUUCAUCGACGACAAGUUGAAAAAGGGUUGCAAAGGGAUGUCCGAGCAAGAAAUUGAAACCAUACUUGACAAAACGAUGGUAUUAUUCAGAUAUUUGCAAGAGAAGGAUGUGUUUGAGCGGUACUACAAGGCCCAUCUAGCGAAACGACUGCUGCUGAACAAAUCUGUGAGCGAUGAUUCCGAGAAGAAUAUGAUAUCAAAAUUAAAGACUGAAUGUGGUUGUCAAUUUACCUCAAAAUUGGAAGGAAUGUUUAAAGAUAUGUCCGUCUCGAACACGGUAAUGGAGGAGUUUAAAAAUCACAUCAACAACGACAAUUCAGCACUGGAAGGUGUUGAGCUGACGGUUCGAAUUCUAACUACAGGAUUCUGGCCCACUCAGUCUGUAACGCCAAACUGUAACAUCCCGGCAGCACCACGGAAGGCCUUUGAAACGUUUAAACGAUUCUAUCUGGCCAAACAUUCAGGGCGUCAGUUGACAUUGCAACCUCAGUUAGGGACGGUGUACAUGAAUGCUGAAUUCUACGGCGUUAAGGCCGAAAAGGAAAAAUCGGAAGGCAACUGCAGCAGCACAGCACCAACGUCUGGAAGCAGUAGUGCGCCGGCAGCCGGUGCUGCAUCUCUCGAUGCUCCCAAACGACAUGUGCUUCAAUUAUCAACGUAUCAGAUGUGUGUGUUGAUGCUGUUCAACAACCGUGAACGAAUGACGUACGAAGACAUCCAGCAGGAGACAGACAUCCCCAGCAAAGAUCUGAUCCGAGCUCUGCAAUCUCUGUCGAUGGGCAAACAGCAGCAGCGACUGCUCGUUCGGACACCGAAAACGUCCAAGGACAUCGUCUCGACGGACGAGUUCUACGUUAACGAUGCGUUUGUGUCGAAAUUUCACAAAGUUAAAAUUCAAACUGUCGCAGCCAAGGGCGAAUCGGAACCGGAGCGUAAGGAAACCCGAAGCAAGGUUGAUGAAGAUCGUAAACAUGAGAUCGAAGCUGCUAUCGUGCGCAUCAUGAAGGCGCGAAAGAAAAUGCCUCACAAUCUUCUUGUAUCGGACGUAACAACGCAGCUUAAGAGCCGUUUCCUACCAUCUCCGGUGAUCAUUAAGAAAAGAAUAGAGGGCUUAAUCGAGCGUGAAUAUCUUGCCCGCACGCCCGAGGAUAGGAAAAUCUAUGUGUAUCUAGCUUAAACAAAGAGAGGCAAAUUAA